CUCCACAGUUUUCUGCCAGGCAACAGAAUGGCUAUUGGGAAACAGGCUCCAGGAGCACUGUGGUGAAUGAAGCACUGGAUUUGAGCAGCAGCAGUCAGUCUGUGGAGAACAUCUGGCCCACUUGGGGCUUGAGUUUCUUCAAAGAUCCACAGAGGAGCCAUGGGGGUGUUGAUGUCCAAGCGGCAGACAGUAGAGCAGGUGCAGAAGGUGAGCCUGGCUGUGUCUGCCUUCAAGGACGGGCUGCGAGACAGACCCUCCAUCCGACGCUCAGGUGACCUGCCGGGGUCCCGCCGUGGCACCGUGGAGGGCUCGGUGCAGGAGGUGCAGGAGGAGAAAGAAGCCGAGUCGGGCACCCCAGUGGUGCAGGAAGACAGCAGUGUCCACCGCGCAGCCUGGGAGCGGCUCCGAGAUGGCCGCGGCGUGGAGCCCGAGGAGUUUGACAGGACCAGUCGGUUCACGCCCCCUGCCUUCAUCCGCCCCACCAGGAAGCUAGAUGAUGACAAACCUCCAGAUAUCUGCCUGGAUCCCCGAGAAACCGUUGUCAACGAUGAGAUGUGUGAUAUCUGUGAGGUGUGGACAGCUGAGAGCCUCUUCCCAUGCAGAGUCUGCACCAGGGUUUUCCAUGAUGGCUGCCUGCGCCGCAUGGGCUACCUUCAAGGGGAUAGUGCAGCAGAGGUGACCGAGACAGCCCACACAGAGACAGGCUGGAGCUGCCACUACUGUGACAACCUCAACUUGCUGCUUACCGAAGAGGAGAUGUACAGCCUCACGGAGAACUUUCAGCAGUGCAAAGUCAUUCCUGAUUGCUCCCUGACACUGGAAGACUUUCUGCGCUACCGCCACCAAGCAGCAAAGCGGGGGGACAGUAACAGGGCCCUGAGUGAUGAGCAAGAAGAGCGGGCAGCCCGCCAGUUUGCAGCUCUGGACCCUGAACACCGAGGCCACAUAGAGUGGCCUGACUUCUUGUCCCAUGAGUCCCUCCUACUUCUGCAGCAGUUGCGUCCCCAGAAUUCUCUGCUGAGGCUUCUGACAGUCAAGGAGCGGGAACGAGCCCGCGCCACCUUCUUGGCACGGGGCAGUGGGAGCACCAUCAGUGAGGCGGAGUGCCACCGUGCCCAACACUCCUGGUUCUGCAAACAGCUAGCAGAGGCCUCUUCCUGCAGCGUCAGCAUCAGCCACGUGGGCCCCAUAGCAGACAGCAGCCCAGACAGCAGCCGCAGCAAGAGUCAGGAUAAGGCCCUGCCACCUGCGGAACAGGAGUCCAGAUCUGUGGACUGGCCCACCUUCCUGAGAGAGAAUGUCAUCUAUAUCUUGGCCGCUCGCCCAAACAGCGCAGCCAUUCACCUAAAACCCCCAGGAUAGUGUGGGGCAGAGAAGCUCGGUUCGGGGAUGGUGGCAUCCUCUCCUUCUUUUCCUUUUUCUUUCCUCUACCAACCUCUGGCACUGAGACUCAUGGGAAUGGGGCACUGCCAGCAUCUUAAUUUGUCAUUAAGUUUUAUGGCACUGAAAUCACCAUUCCCCUCACAACAGAGGCAUUGCCACAAGGAGAAACCCAGGGAGCUGUGGCAUCAUCCAUGACUGAACCCACCUCCUGCCCUCACAUCAUAAAACUGUACCUUGCCACCACAUGCAUACAUGUGUGUACGUGCACACACACAUUCACAUACAUGCCUAGAUGUCCAUACCUUCAAACAUGUACUUUUUUCAGUUGAAAAAGAACCUAAGUCCCUUUGUGAAACCCCUAGUAUAGAUGAGGGGGUCUAUACUCACUCCUUCUAUCAGUCAGUUCUGAUUUCCAGUAGGAAUAAGAGGGCAUAUCAGACUCCCAUCCCUCCAGGAGAAGUGAGGGGCUCCUCUAUCCACACUGAGACCCCUUUCUGUGGUGGGCCACUAUUACUAGGAAGUGUCUAUAUUCCUUGAUGGGGUGUAAGAACAGUUGAAAAUCACCCCUGAAGUUUAUACUUAAACUCUAAUUCUUCAUGACACACAAGGCAACUAGCUUGUGGAAUCCUGGAAAGGGGGGAGGAAGCCUCUUCCAGAGUCUCAGAAUUCUGGGGACCUCAACCAGAUCAUAUAAGUCCAAAAGUCUUUAACAAAAAAAGCAAAACCAACAUGAA